AUGGUUGAAUUGCCUCCCCUAUUUUCUAACUUCGCCAUCCUCUUAUCUCUUUCAGCCCCGCCCCCAGGCCUCCAGCCCGGCCCCCGGCCCCCAGCCCAGCCUCCAGCCAGGCCCCCAGCCCGGCCCCCGGCCCCCAGUCCGGCCCCCGGCCUCCAGCCCGGAACCCAGCCCGGCCCCCGGCCUCCAGCCCGGAACCCAGCCCGGCCCCCAGCCCGGCCCCCGGCCCCCAGCCCUUCAUACCCGACUUCUGUUCCGAGGGUGCUACGGCCUGGUGCCCCCAUCACACUAUCAGUCACUAUCUUCACCAUCGCUGUGGAAGUCCAAGUUGUUACUGAGAUUGUUAACGGCAACAAUACUGUAGUCUCAGACGCAACCAUAAUUCAAGGAGGUGUAUUAUUUUCAACUCAACAUUUCAUAUUUCUAUAAAUGUUUUUAAAUGUUUGCUUGACUUUGUUUCACACACCAAGCAGCAACCUUGCCUUUUCUGCUAUAAUGAUUUUGUAUGACUAUCAGUGCUAUAACUAAAUUGAUGAUAAACUUCCCUUUGUCUUUAUCCAACUUUAUAAAGGUUAUACUGAGCUGCUAGUUCUUUCACCAGUAAGUAUUACUUUUUCUGAUAUUUAUAAUGUGCAUGCCAAUACAAUAUGAAAAAUAUUAAUUUCAUAAAAGUAGCAAUUAGAUGUCACUGGCAUUGUUAUUGCAUUGAUACAACUUAGUCAAAGCUAUCAUAUACACUACUGGUCAAAAGUUUUAGAACACCUACUCAUUCAAGGAUUUGUCUUUAUUGUUUUACUAUUUUCUACAUUGUAGAAUAAUAGUGAAGACAUCAAAACUAUGAAAUAACACAUGGAAUCAUGUAGUAACCAAAAAAGGUGUUCAACAAAUCCAAAUAUAUUUUAUAUUUCAGAUUUUUCAAAUAGCCACCCUUUGCCUUGAUGACAGCUUUGCACACUCUUGGCAUUCUCUCAACCAGCUUCACCUGGAAUGCUUUUCCAACAGUCUUGAAGGAGUUCCCACAUAUGCUGUGCCCUUGUUGGCUGCUUUUCCUUCACUCUGCGGUCCGACUCAUCCCAAACCAUCUCAAUUUGGUUGAGGUCGGGGGAUUGUGGAGGCCAAGUCAUCUGAUGCAGCACUCCAUCACUCUCCUUCUUGGUAAAAUAGCCCUUACACAGCCUGGAGGUGUGUUGGGUCAUUGUCCUGUUGAAAAACAAAUUAUUGUCCCACUUAGCCCAAACCAGAUGGGAUGGCGUAUCGCUGCAGAAUGCUGUGGUAGCCAUGCUGGUUAAGUGUGCCUUGAAUUCUAAAUAAAUCACAGACAGUGUCACCAGCAAAGCACCCCUACACCAUAACACCUCCUCCUCCAUGCUUUACGGUGGGAAAUACACAUGCAGAGAUAAUCCGUUCACCCACACCGCGUCUCACAAAGACAUGGCGGUUGGAACCAAAAAUCUCAAAUUUGGACUCCAGACCAAAGGACACAUUUCCACCGGUCUAAUGUCCAUUGCUCGUGUUUCUUGGCCCAAGUAAGUCUCUUCUUAUUAUUGGUGUCCUUUAGUAGUGGUUUCUUUGCAGCAAUUCGACCAUGAAAGCCUGAUUCACACAGUCUCCUCUGAACAGUUGAUGCUGAGAUGUGUCUGUUACUUGAACUCUGUGAAGCAUUUAUUUGGGCUGCAAUUUCUGAGGCUGGUAACUCUAAUGAACUUCUCCUCUGCAGCAGAGGUAACUGAGAGCCAGUUUCAUCAUAGGGCUUGAUGGUUUUUGCAACUGCACUUGAAGACGCUUUCAAAGUUCUUGACAUUUUCUGUAUUGACUGACCUUCAUGUCUUAAAGUAAUGAUGGACUGUCAUUUCUCUUUGCUUAUUUGAGCUGUUCUUGACAUAAUAUGGACUUGGUCUUUUACCAAAUAGGGCUUUCAACCCCAAAAGCUUGUCCACGUUUAUUCAGACAGACAAGGCCAACUACGACAGGUCAUGGAAAGUCGGGCAGUGUCCAUUCACCCAGCCAUAUAAGAGCAAGAUCGAUAUUAUCAUUAAGGUGUGUGUUACUAGGUAACAUACCAAGGGGGUAUUGUAUGAACAUUCUGUGUGGAAGUGAUAGCAGAUAGAUGAUUGGACCUUAGGAUAUGGAACUGUGAUGGACAGUUGAUAAUUCUAAUUUCCUUUUAUAAAUGCCGUGAGCCAGGAUCCCAAGGCAAACAUGAUCCGGCAGUGGUUGUCAUUGGACAGUGUUUUGGGGGUUGUGUCCAAAGAGUUUCAGCUGUCUGAGAAUCCACCCCUUGGCAAGUUGACCAUUUUGACUUCCAUCAAUGUGACUCCUAUUAAAUUUGAAAGGACCAUGCCAACAUAUUGCUUCUCAAAACCACUUUGAGUUGCUAUUAAAACUUCAUUAAAGCUUUUCAGGAUGACUCCGGCUACAUUUCAUCUUGACAAGGCUGCAUUUCAUUCAGGAAACCAUUGUUCACAGAUAGCCUUGGGGCUUUAAUGUGUUUUUUGUCCGCAAAUGUUUUCAUCAUUAGGAAGAAUUGACACUAAAUACUCACAAUGAAUUAGUGUUAUUUAAAAACGUCUUCUGUGAAACGUGUCUUCUGUGAACUAUAACACAAAGACAGCCCACCUUAUGUUGUUUUAAUCAAUAUAGAGUAGAUAACUGAAACCAAACUCAAAAUGUCCAGCAGUUUUAAGUCUUACUGUCGAAGGGGCAGAAAAAAAACAAUAACCAGAGUUAAUUUGUCAGUGUGCUGAAAUGUGGUUAUCCCUCGCAUUGUCUCCCUGUGUUGCAGGAAAUUGUGAGUGAAAAGAAAUUCAAUGUGGAUCAUCAUGGUAAAGGUGCUUUCAUCAACGUUAAAUUGUAGUUAAGAUAAGUUAAGCGCCUUGACCUUUUCCAUAAGUUCUGGUUCCUCCCUCUAUUGUUCAUAAGAUAGUUAAAUGACCCACCAGAGGAAACUCACUGACUUCCCUGCCAUGGACCUGGUUGUUAUUUGGCCUCAUUUUGAACAGGACUAAAGCUGAACUAUUUCCCCUGACAUUUUGUUCAUUUAUUUAUUUACAUAAACCAAACACAGUCAAUAUGGUACAUUUUAGACUGUAACUAAAUAUGCUGUGAUUGAACUGUAUAGCCUAUACAGAUUGUGUACUUCCAUAUACCUUGAAUGAAAAUACACAUUUGGAAAUCUUUGCUGAGGUAGUGUGUGAUUGUAAUCCAUUGACAUUCAUGUCCUGUGUGUUUGUUUCAGUGCUGCCCAGGUUUGAAGUGCUGAGGGCUGGUGCUGAUAGAGGCCCUCAGUGUCCUCCAUCAUGACGAUAGUCUCUAUCAUGACGAUAGUCUCUAUCAUGACGAUAGUCUCCAUUAUGACAAUAGUCUCCAUCAUGACGAUAGUCUCUAUCAUGACGAUAAUCUCCAUCAUGACGAUAAUCUCCAUCAUGACGAUAAUCUCCAUCAUGACGAUUGUCUCCAUCAUGACGAUAGUCUCUAUCAUGACGAUAAUCUCCAUCAUGAUGAUAGUCUCUAUCAUGACGAUAGUCUAUCAUGACGAUAGUCUCCAUCAUGACGAUAGUCUCCAUCAUGACGAUAGUCUCUAUCAUGACGAUAAUCAAAUGCCCCACUGCUGCUACUCACUGUUUAUUAUCUAUGCAUAGUCACUUUACCCCUACCUACAUGUACAAACUACCUGGACUAACCUGUACCCCCUCACAUGGCCUCGGUACGGUACUCCUGUAUACAGCCUCAUUAUUGUUCUUUUAUUGUCUUACUUGUUUUUUGUUGUUGUUCUUUUUACUUUAGUUUAUUUUGUAAAUAUUUUCUUAACUCUAUUUUCUUAACUGCAUUGUUGGUUAAGGGCUUGUAAGUAAGCAUUUCAUGGUAAUCUACACCUGUUCUAUUUGGCACAUGUGACAAAUACAAAUUUGAUUUGAUAUGGGGCACGGUCACUGCUAAGUAAAUCUGUUUGAUCAUGAUUUACCUUAUGGUUUAAACAAGGCUAUGUGUUUUGUACACACAUACUUGAAGAAAUAGUAUGUUAUACGCCCAUAUGGGCUGUGCACCAAAUGGUACGAUACUGAAAUAAAAUAAAUAAAUAGAAACGAUUUGGUUCUGAUCAUUUAAAUGGCCCACUGCAGCAAGAGUAUUGUAAUCUACUCUCUAUCACACAGAUACAUGUAUAGGAAGCCUGUGCAAGGUCACAUGAACAUAACAUCCUUGCAAAAUGUUCAUGGUAGCGAUGUGAUUUAUGAUGAACACAAAGAGGUAAGUUUGUCCCCACAAAACACCCAAAGCGAUGCUUUUGUACAGAUCUCUGACAGAUGAUUCAAUGUUCAUCUCAUUUAAUUAAUACAUUUUUGAUACAGAUUGACGGCUCCACGGAUUCCUCUUUUGAUGUGGGUCGGCAGGUACGGUUAAGAGCAUUGGGCCAGUAACCGAAAGGUCACUGGUUCGAAUCCUCAAGCCGACUAGGUGAAAAAUCUGUCUAUGUGCCCUUGAGCAAGGCACUUAACCCUAAUUGCUCAUGUAAGUCGCUCUGGAUAAGAGUGUCUGCUAAAUGACUAAAUUGUAAAUGUAAUGUGCCUGACUACCGGGACAUGUAUAAACGAUCUGCAGACUACAUGUAAGAGGAUUAUGAGUACAAUGAGUUUCUCACCAUCAUGGUCUAUGUCCCUGACAGGUAAUCAUACAGUUAUUUGAAAUAAUUUAAGUUAGAUUCUGUACACUCAUCUUUCUUAUUGAGAAUGAAGAGUAAGUCUCUCAUUCAGAGUGUACUGUUACUGAUCUAUUGGGUCUAUUGUUUAUAGAUUUUUAAGGACUGACCUAUCACAGCACUAUGGAAGUGGCUGUGAUUAAAUAUAGAUAUAACCUUGCCUUCUGUGGAUAUCCCAGCUACAGUGCAUGCGGAAAGUAUUCAGACCCCUUGACCUUUUCCACAUUUUGUUAAGUUACAGCCUUAUUCUCAAAUGGAUAAAGGCCAGAAGGAAGCCACUCCUCAGUAAAAGGCACAUGACAGCUCGCUUGGAGUUUGCCAAAGGCACCUAAAGGACUCUCAGACCAUGAGAAACAAGAUUAAACUCUUUGGCCUGAAUGCCAAGCGUCACGUCUGGAGGAAACCUGGCACCAUCCCUACGGUGAAGCAUGGUGGUGGCAGCAUCAUGCUGUGGGGAUGUUUUUCAGUGGCAGGGACUGGGAUACUAGUCAGGAUCGACGGAAAGAUGAAUGGAGCAAAGUACAGAGAGAUCCUUGAUGAAAACCUGCUCCAGAGUGCUAAGGACCUCAGACUGGGGCGAAGGUUCACCUUCAAACAGGACAACGACCCUAAGCACAUAGCCAAGACAACGCAGGAGUGGCUUCGGGACAAGUUUCUGAAUGUCCUUGAGUGGCCCAGCCAGAGCCCGGACUUGAACCCGAUCGAACAUCUCUGGAGAGACCUGAAAAUAGCUGUGCAGCAACGCUCCCCAUCCAACCUGACAGAGCUUGAGAGGAUCUGCAGAGAAGAAUGGGAGAACCUCCCCAAAUACAGGCGUGCAAAGCUUGUAGCGUCAUACCCAAGAAUACUCAAGGCUGUAAUCACUGUCAAAGGUGCUUCACCAAAGUACUGAGUAAAGGGUCUGAAUACUUAUGUAAAUGUGAUAUUUCAGUUUUAUAUUUUUAAUAAAUUAGCAAAAAUGUCUAAAAGCCUGUUUUGCUUUGACAUUAUGGGGUAUUGUGUGUAGAUUGAUGAGGGAAAAAACCAAUUCAAUCCAUUUUAGAAUAAGGCUGUAACGUAAAAAAAUGUGGAAAAGGUCAAGGGGUCUGAAUACUUUCCGAAUGCACUGCUGAGGUAAGGGAAACAAUGACGAGUCUAUAUUGUUUAGAUAUUGUGUGGGAAUAAUGUAAAACUUUAUGCAUAAUAUAAUGUAUAUUAUAAUGCAUAAUCUUUACAUUUUUUGUAUUUGAUUCCGGAUCCCCAUUAGCUGUGUCACGAUCGUCUAUGUCGUCCAAGUAUGACCAAGGCGCAACGUGUCCAAGAAACAUGACUUUAAUAAGCAAAAGCACAGAAAUACAAAACUAAAGACGACUCGUGAAGUCCAAAGUACAACGACUGAAACACGGAACAAAAACCCACAAACCCAAGGAGAAAAACACACAGAAUAUAUAUGGCUCCCAAUCAGAGAUAACGAGCCGACAGCUGACACUCGUUACCUCCGAUUGGGAGUCAUUGACCAAUCACCACUAAACACAAACAAAAUGAAACUCACCCAUCCCCAACACCACCAAAUGAAAUACACCCUGGCUCUAACACACAGUCCCGGAGCCAGAGUGUGACAGUACCCCCCCCUAAAGGCGCGGACUGCGACCGCGCCUCAACUAGGGCUAACCAAGGGAGGGCUGGGUGGGCAUACCUCUUCGGCGGUGGUUCAGGCUCUGGUCGUGAUCCCCACUCCACCAUAGUCACUACCCGCUUUUGUAGCCUCCUCCACCUGACCACCCUCCAAAUUAACCCCACCGGAUUAAGGGGCAGCACCGGACUGAAUGGCGGAUCCCGGCUGGACGGCUCUGGCGGAUCCCGGCUGGACGGCUCUGGCGGAUCCCGGCUGGGCGGCUCUGGCGGAUCCCGGCUGGGCGGCUCUGGCGGAUCCCGGCUGGACGGCUCUGGCGGAUCCCGGCUGGACGGCUCUGGCGGAUCCCGGCUGGACGGCUCUGGCGGAUCCCGGCUGGACGGCUCUGGCGGAUCCCGGCUGGACGGCUCUGGCGGAUCCCGGCUGGACGGCUCUGGCGGAUCACGGCUGGACGGCUCUGGCGGAUCCCGGCUGGACGGCUCUGGCGGAUCCCGGCUGGACGGCUCUGGCGGAUCCCGGCUGGACGGCUCUGGCGGAUCUCGGCUGGACGGCUCUGGCGGAUCCCGGCUGGACGGCUCUGGCGGAUCCCGGCUGGACGGCUCUGGCGGAUCCCGGCUGGACGGCUCUGGCGGAUCCUGGCUGGACGGCUCAUUGCUGGCUGACGGAUCUGGCUGCUCAUGGCUGGCUGACGGAUCUGGCUGCUCAUGGCUAGCUGACGGAUCUGACUGCUCAUGGCUAGCUAACGGAUCUGGCUGCUCAUGGCUGGCUGACGGAUCUGGCUGCUCAUGGCUGGCUGACGGAUCUGGCUGCUCAUGGCUGGCUGACGGAUCUGGCUGCUCAUGGCUGGCUGACGGAUCUGGCUGCUCAUGGCUGGCUGACGGAUCUGGCUGCUCAUGGCUGGCUGACGGAUCUGGCUGCUCAUGGCUGGCGGAAGGCUCUGGCUGAUCCUGUCUGGCGGACGGCUCUGGCUGAUCCUGUCUAGCGGAAGGCUCUGGCUGAUCCUGUCUGGCGGAAGGCUCUGGCUGAUCCUGUCUGGCGGAAGGCUCUGGCUGAUCCUGUCUGGCGGAAGGCUCUGGCUGAUCCUGUCUGGCGGAAGGCUCUGGCUGAUCCUGUCUGGCGGAAGGCUCUAGCAGCUCCGGUCUGGCGGACGGCUCUGAAGGCUCAUGGCAGACGGGCGGCUUUGCAGGCUCAGUACAGAUGGGCGGCUUAUGCAACGCUUGGCAGACGGGCAGUUCAGGCGCCAUAGGGCAGACGGGCAGUUCAGGCGCCAUAGGGCAGACGGGCAGUUCAAGCGCCGUUGGGCAGACGGGCAGUUCAGGCGCCGUUGGGCAGACGGGCAGUUCAGGCGCCGUUGGGCAGACGGGCAGUUCAGGCGCCGUUGGGCAGACGGCAGACUCUGGCCGGCUGAGACGCACUGUAGGCCUGAUGCGUGGUGCCGGAACUGGAGGUACCGGGCUGAGGACACGCAUCUCAGGGCUAGUGCGGGAAGCAGCAACAGGGCAUGCUUGGCCCUGGGGACGCACCGUAGGCCUGAUGCGUGGUGCCGGAACUGGAGGUACCGGGCUGAGGACACGCAUCUCAGGGCUAGUGCGGGGAGCAGGAACAGGGCAUACUGGACCCUGGGGACGCACCGUAGGCCUGAUGCGUGGUGCCGGAACUGGAGGUACCGGGCUGAGGACACGCAUCUCAGGGCUAGUGCGGGGAGCAGGAACAGGGCAUACUGGACCCUGGGGACGCACCGUAGGCCUGAUGCGUGGUGCCGGAACUGGAGGUACCGGGCUGAGGACACGCAUCUCAGGAUUCGUGCGUGGAGCAGGAACAGGCCGGGCUGGGCUGGUGACGCACCCCGUAGGAUUCGUGCGUGGAGCAGGAACAGGCCGGGCUGGGCUGGCGACGCGCACCGUAUCCCUAGUGCGAGUGGCCUGAACAGGCCGGGCCGGGCUGGCGACGCACAUCGUGGACCUGGUGCGUGGAGUAGGAACAGGCCGGUCCGUACCGGGAACACACACCACUGGCCUUAACUGGGGAUCAGGAACGGGCCGGACCGGACUGGUAACACACUUCAGUCUCUCAUGCCGUGCCGCAACAACUUCCCUCCCUCUACUCGCCAAUGGCUCCCGUAAUCCGAUAGCCUUCUCUCCACCUCUCCCUGUGGCAGCCUCCUGCUGCCCAGGCGCCCAAGCCAUGUGCCCCCCCCCAAAUUUUUUUUGGGGUUGCCUCUCGUCCUUCCGACGAUGGCCCUGCUGAUGCCGUUGCUCCACUCCUGCCAGGUUCUCCCCCUUCAUCGCCCUCCGGUACCGGACGGCUUCCUCCUGCGUAAUAUGUCCCCAGCCGAGGAGGACAUCCACCAGCGUUCUCUCCAUACCUGGCGCUUCCUCCCCAAGAAAUUCUUGGGUAGUACUCUCGGGCUUCCAGCCUUGCCUCCGUGCUGCCUCCUCAUAUCGCCGCCUCUCGGCUUUAGCUGCCUCCCGCUCUUCACGAGGACGGCGAUAUUCUCCCGGUUGAUCCCAAGGCCCCUUACCAUCCAGAAUCUCCUCCCAUGUCCAUGAAUCCUUUAUGGGAGUCCAUAAAUCCUGUGUAGGUAGGUCCUGUUGCCGCUUGACACGCUGCUUGGUCUUUUUGUGGUGGGUUUUUCUGUCACGAUCGUCUAUGUCGUCCAAGUAUGACCAAGGCGCAACGUGUCCAAGAAACAUGACUUUAAUAAGCAAAAGCACAGAAAUACAAAACUAAAGACGACUCGUGAAGUCCAAAGUACAACGACUGAAACACGGAACAAAAACCCACAAACCCAAGGAGAAAAACACACAGAAUAUAUAUGGCUCCCAAUCAGAGAUAACGAGCCGACAGCUGACACUCGUUACCUCCGAUUGGGAGUCAUUGACCAAUCACCACUAAACACAAACAAAAUGAAACUCACCCAUCCCCAACACCACCAAAUGAAAUACACCCUGGCUCUAACACACAGUCCCGGAGCCAGAGUGUGACAAGCUGCUGAUACAGUAGGUUAAGUCACCUGUUCUAUUACGACUCUUGUUUUCAUGCAGUGUGAUCAGAGAUACAUAAGUAGGGCAUAUCACGGUUUCAGACUACCUCAUAUCAAUGCCAUGGUAACAAGGGUACAACUAUAAGUGUCUGAAAGUGUUGUUGAAGUCUCCCGAGCCAUAACCAAGUGUCUUCGAACUCUGUGCCCUACUACUCCAAUUUUCAACACAAGAGACAAUAGUAGUCAUUACUGCAUGAUUACUGAUGUAUGGAUUUCGUCACGUAGACGUUUAGUUACAAACAUCGUGUUUGUGCAGCUGAAAAUAUCCACGUACAACAAGCGGCCCCUGACUCAAGAGGAUCAGGGGAAGACUGUUACAAUCUCCAAAACACAAGACAGACAGUCCAUGUAG